UUCUUUCUUAUUUAUUAAAAAUCUCAAAGAUAUGCAUAUACAAUAAAUAAUAUGUUUGCGAAAAUAAUUGGUCUCCAGUUUGCAGUAAGCAUGUUAGUGGUAUGCUCAAAUUUAUAUCGAAUAGCAAUGGCGACAGAUUAUGUGACAUUCAUUUCAUUGAUAUUGUAUACGGGAGCCAUAUUGACACAAAUUUUCAUCUAUUGUUGGUUUGGAAACGAAGUUAAAGCAAAAAGCCUUCAGUUGAUGAAUAAUAUUUAUAAUAUACAAUGGCUGUCACUUAGUAAUAGCAGCAAAAAAGGUCUCUUAAUAGUCAUGAGACGCGCAAUGAAUCCUAUCGAAUUUAGUAGUGCGUAUAUAAUCACGAUGAAUCUUGAGUCAUUUGUAGCUUUACUUAAAAUGUCAUACUCGGCUUUCAACUUGUUGCAUCAAACACAAGAUUAAUAACAAAUGAA